UCAGACCCAGCUGCCGCGUCCUCGGCAUCUCUGCAUGUGGUGGAAUGGGUUCGACAGGGACUCGACAUCCCCGUCUUGAUCAAAUUUGGAUCCUACGUGCCCCGGGUCCAUCCACGAUAUGAAGGGCGGGUGUCUCUGGUACGUAUCACUGCGCUGAGGCUAGAGGGCCUGCAACUGGAUGAUCAGGGCUUGUACGAGUGUCGAAUCCUCUUACUGGAUAAACCAACAGAUGAGCUGCGAAACGGCACCUGGACUCUGCUUUCUGUAACUGCUCCACCCACCUUCAAUGAAACCCCGCCUCCUGUGGUAGAGACUCUGAUUGGAGGUCACCUCUCGCUUCCUUGUGUUGCCAAUGGCAACCCUGCUCCAACCAUCACCUGGCUCAAGGAUGGCAGUGUUAUUCAAAGAACAAAUGAUCAGGUAUGUGUGAGUGGAACCUUAUCUCUGCGAGCAGUGAGCAUGCAGUCAGCAGGUCAGUACACCUGCCACGCCUCCAACUCUGAGGGAAACGUGACUCGCGUGACAAAAGUGAAGAUCAAAGGUCCACCUGUCAUUGUCGUCCCGCCCAAAAGCACCUCUCUCAACAUGUCCCAGCAUGCAUUUCUCCAGUGCCAGGCUGUGGCCGACCCCCCCAACAUGACCUACAUCUGGCAGAGAGGUGGAGAGAACGUCUAUCACAUAGAGUCUUUGAAAAAGCGAGUGAAGAUCAUGGUAGAUGGAACUCUGCUCAUCUCCAGUCUCAUCCCAGAGGAUUCUGGGAACUACACCUGCAUGCCAACCAAUGGCCUGCUGACCCCGCCCACCGCCUCAGCCAACCUCACAGUGAUGCACCCAGCAAAGGCUCUGCAAAUGCCUCAGGAGACGUUCCUUCCCACAGGUAUGGAUGGCGUGAUUACCUGCCCAGCGGUAGCUCAACCUCCACUGCUCGGUGUGGAUUGGAUGAAGGAUGGAGCGCCACUUGACCUGUUCUUGUAUCCAGGAUGGACCUUGACACCGGAGGGUUCAUUAUUCAUGGCCACAGUCAAUGACGAUGCCGCGGGCGUAUACACGUGUACUCCAUACAACAGCUACGGCAGCAUGGGUUCAUCUGGCCCAACCAGCGUGAUUCUGCAGGACCCCCCAACAUUCAGCGUCACUCCAGAGAAGCAGUACACACAGGAGGCUGGAAGGACCCUGCUCAUUCCCUGUCAAGGAAACGAGGACUCGACAAUUAAAGUGACAUGGAGCAAGGUCGACUUGGCUCGUCGCAUCUCUUACUCCGUAGAACCCAACGGCUCUCUGCUGCUGCAGCCGCUCACCAAGGACCACCAGGGGGCGUGGGAGUGCAGCGCCGCUAACCGUGUAGCCUCGGCGAAGGCCAUCACACAAGUCUUUGUCCUGGGAACCAGUCCCCAUGCGGCUACCUCUCUGUCCGUCUCUCCAGGGGUGAAGCAGGCCAACUUAUCCUGGGAGGCAGGCUUUGAUGGAGGAUCAGCACAGACAUUUUCAGUUUGGGUGAAGAAGCUUUCAGUGAGUGAUAAUGAUGCCAAGCAGGACUGGUUCUCUGUGCCUGUGCCCCUGUCCUCUGGCACCAGGCUGCAGGUGACAGGCCUGUCUCCUGCCACCGAAUACCAGUUCAGCAUCCUGUCGCAGAAUAAAAUGGGCACAGGACCCUUCAGCGAGAUCGUCACCUCACGGACUUUGGAUCCCCCUCUGAAGAGAAGUAAACUAAAGCCUCCUGCAUCGCUGUCAGCUAAUCAGGGCUCAGCAGGAGUUGUUCUGCAAUGGUCCCCUCCUGAAGCCCACCACCCUCCCAUCACACGCUUUGUUCUUCAGUCCCGCACCCAGCAAGGGGAGUGGUUUAAUUUGGUCGAGGACAUCAGUGCCAACAGUAGCGAGAUAGUCGUUCCGGGUCUGCACAAGGACUGUGUGUACGAGCUGCGGCUGCUAUCUCGUCGCGGGGAGUUGCUGAGCGAGCCCAGUCCAUCAGUCAAUGUCUCCACCAUGGGGAUGGAGAUCUACCCCAGCACAUCCCGACUCCUGGAGUUUGUCCCGGAGCCAUUACUGGCCGGCGUGCUGGGCGGGGUCGGCUUCAUGUGCUUGGCACUGGUCUUGCUGCUGGGGUCCGCCUGUGUCAUCAGCCACAAGAGGGACCAGCGUCGCAGGAGGAAGAAGGAUGAGCCCCCUCCAGCCAUCUAUAAAUGCACCCCAUCAAUAAAGACUUCAGGCACCGGGAGUCCAGACAGUGUGUUGAAGAAAAGCCUACUUCCAGCCGGCACCCUCUAUCCCACCACUUCCUCUACCACCACCUCCUCCUUCUCGCAGACAGACUGUUCUCUAUCUAUGUCCGGCACAGGUCCAGAUGGCCGCUUCACACUCCCACUGUAUGACAAUGACACUUUGAGCGUUCACAGCAGGAAAAGUGUAAGGUACGAACAACCAGCCGGAGUCCGGAGGUCUGUGUCACUGCACACUGGUGGGGAAGACAGGAAACAGCCGCCCUUUGUGCUCUCUGUUGAUCUCCCACCUUGUAAACCCGUGGAGGUCAGUUCCACAACCCAAAUCUGUGACAUGGCCCAGCACCCGCCCCAUCAUAAUCCUUACAUCUUGGAUCAGAAGCCAAGUUACGACGUCUUUCCCGACCUUAGCAGUCUGUGCUCCAACAGUAGUUUGGCCACAAUUCCUCAUCAACGUCCAGAACUAACUCCCACGUUUCCAGUGCUCCCACAUAUCCGAUCCAGCCUAGGUCAGCCGUCGACAACCGCCAGCACCCUGGUGCUGCAAAUGGAGCACGAGCGGGAGAGAGGGAACCUGAGUCACUGCCUGAAGCUGGCUCAGGAGAGGGAGGCGCUGGAGAGGGAGCUCCAGUGGUACACACUGGAAAGAGGCUCUAUGAGGGAAAUGAAGAGGGAGCAGCCAGACUUGGAGAGGAGAGAGGCUGGUGAUAAUGAGUUUGUCUGGGAGUAUAAGAGCAGUACUUUGCCGCACAGAUACCCCCAGAGAAGUGAGAAGAGCUUUGGUCUGUCCCCAAGCCCGUUCUCUUCAUCCUCUGUCCACUGGGAAGCCCAUCCUCUCAUCUCUCCUCCCACUCUGACCCCGGCCGGGUCUCGUUUCAGCGCGUCUUCACCUGCGAGUCCGUCUCGUUUUAAGUCCGACAGCCACCAUCUCGCUUCAUCCUUCACCAACCAGACCCCCCACCAAUCCCAGGAGGCAGGCGGUUUUUCCAAAGACAGAUUAAAUGUCCCACAUCUCUCCUCAAAACACCAGAGACAUGAAAGGGUAGAGGCAGCACCAGAGGGCUAUAAUAAUUCACCGCAAUCCACAGUCUUAGAAAUGCAAACGAAUGAUUCAUGCUCUGAGGCACGAGGACAGAACAGUCUUAGUCAUGGCAGCCUUUCAACGUUGACUUUCCGUGGCAAUAAAUACACUGAAAGCCCUAAUUCGGCUCACGAUGCAGUGCCAGACUCUUCACAAGUGGAGGCAUCGUUCCCCAGGCCCGCCGAUGAGGACAUGUGUGUGGAGAUGAGUGUGGAUGAGCCAGAGAUGGAGAUAAUUCGGCCUACAAAGCCGAUGCUGCACCACAGAAUCGCCUCUCAUGUGCAACGAGGGCGCCCGCUGAGUUGCAGAGGCCGGUAUGAAGACGUGAGGAGGAGCACAAACUUUAACUUCCGUAGUCCUGCUUCUGUGGACCAUAUGAUCAGGUUCCAGGCUUCUCCACAACCUCCAGAACCAGAACUCCGGAGAGCUGUGGUCAGAGGCUCUAAAAUCUGGGACUCUAAGCAGCGAAGUCAGAGCCUAGACUCGAGGAGACGGAAUGAGAGCGGUUUUCUGACCCCCGACGCGUGGGUAGACUCGCUCAGCCAAGAGGACUGCUCUGUUGCAUCGUCCUAUCACCCAGACACUGUGUUCUGGGAACCCCAGAGAUUUCCUAGCAGGAAGAUCUCCAAGCCUCCUACAGAUUCUCCUUCUGCUACCCAAGCUGCCUCCUGCUCACAUCCUGCUGUGGCCCCUUUAUCUGCAAGGAGCAGUCCAGAGAGGUCCAUACCAAACCCUGAUGUGCCCUGCCAUUACGAGCCAAGAAGAGAGGCAUCCAUAUUUCCAAAUACCGCCAAAUGGCCAAUCACCUACAACCAGGAGGCCAUGAGAAAGGCAGAAGGUUACUUGGAGGCCAUGAAGGAAGCUUCCAGAUGCUUACCCCCCGACACCAACGAGCGAGAGCUGCUGGAAGUGGAAGCAGGGGGCUAUGAGGGAGUGCUAGAGUCCGGGAGCAGCUACAGCAGUUAUGCCAGCAGCGGCCGAGGCAGCAUGGAGCCCGCUAAUGGACGCCUGUCUUUGUGUCACCUUUCCCCAACCCUCGCCGACUCACCUGAGACUAUAGAGGAGAGCCAGGGGAGCACAGAGGACAAGCACAGUCACCAAAUGGAACCAAGCCAAAGGAGAAAGGCCUCUGUUGAUGAGAAUUAUGAGUGGGAUGCUGCUGAUAUCUACUCUCAGCCUGGAGACCGUGAUGGCCUGCUUCCUUCAUUGAAUCUGCCGAAGCCCGCUCCGUGCUGUAGCCUUCCCAGCAUGCAGUGCUCCACUAAGGCACUGAAAAAUUGCACUCAGCUGUCUUUGCUCCCAGGGCAUCAAAGCAGCUGCUCUGCUGAGCCAGAACCAGACACUGUGCUGUUCUGA